UUGGCUCGUGGAGGCUGGCUCAAGGCCUCAGGAGCAGCGUUUUGCGUGUAGCUUCGACGCGAGCUCUGCGCAAUGGUGCAGAAAGCGCUUAGCCUCAACAAACACAAGCAGUCCAAGGCCACACAGAAGCACAAGGCACCCAAAGUCUCUAAAGUUGACAUCCUGAAGAAGAAAAAGAAGAAGGAUGUCUCUGACAGCGUCGGAGCAGCUGCAGCGACCUUCAUCAAGAAGUGUGGGCAGAAGACGGAGGCAAAUGUAGCUGCAAAGGCAGCAGUCGAAGGCAAUGCCAACCUGGAAUAUGUCAAAGUAACUCCUCAACAGAUUGCCAAGGCUGAAAAGAAGAUUGGGCAGAGGCCAAACAAGAAGCAGAAAAGGAGAUGAGGAGAACUGGCUCCACUUAGAUUCUCUCAGGAGACUCUUUUGCGUUUCACCUUGCA